AUGGAUCUCUUCUCCAACGUCAGUGGCAAGCGACGCUUGAAGAGCAAUGCAAGAUUGCACUACCCUUCUCGACGCAAUUCCGUCGUUGCAGCCACCGCCGCCAACGCCGCAUCCGUCAAACCACCUCAUGAUCAACAGCAACAACCCACUCAAUCGAAUACAAGCGACCAUGCCAAAGCAACCACAACACUGUCAAAACGACCUCCAACGCUUCCACAUACAAGCUUCCUUGCAAAACGAGCUGCACCUGUUCUCAAUCGUUCCUACAACUCGAUGCCGUGCAUACCUCGUGAACCAUGGGCUACAAUAGAAUACGAGAGCCAUAGUGUUGAUGCACAUCGCAGCUAUAGUAUGGAUUCGGAGCUUCCUCUUCAUCCACACACUCCGUCGUCCGAUCAAGAAAUUGAACAAUUGUUCCAGGAAGUCGCUGGUCGCCUGGAUUUAAACUUGGCAGAUGGAGAUAUGAAUGAUCUAUCCCUCGACAAGAAACAAUGGAUUCUACACAAUGAGGAUGAGUUGACCAAGCAGCUGGGAUCAGUCAUCAAUAGCAAGACACGCCAUCACCACCACCUAAGCAAAGCAAGAUCGAAUCGUAGCCUCAACAGCGCUAAAUCUGGCAAACACGUGGAUAUGGUCAAGCCUUUUCUCAAGCCUGACAAAAAGGGAGACCGUCUCGCCAUGGUUAGAGAACUCGUGGAUCGUUUGGAAAGCAAACCUCUCAAUUGGAUCAAACAAUUCAUUGAUGAAGGAGGAAUGCAAGUGAUCGCCAGUGAGCUUGGAAGAAUUCACAAGAAACCUGACAGAAAACAAAGGGAUUGCUUGAUCGAGCUGGAGCUUGUCAAAUGCCUCAAGAGCAUGAUCAACAAUGUUUACGGCAUCCAAGAAGUCUUGAGUGAAUCCCGCUAUAUCGACCGUAUCACCUUUGCAUUGUUGUCGCCCUAUGUUCCUGCACGGCGUAUUGCGUGUGAUACGGUCACUUUUCUAUGCUAUUGUGACAUUCCUCGAGGUCAUUCUAUGGUUUUACAUGGUAUGGAGCUGCUCAAGGAACAUACCGAAAGCGAGAGCCGCUUUGAAGGUUGGCUUGGACCACUCGAUAAAGUAUUGGAUUCUCGUGGCAAGAUGGGAUCGCUUGUUGGAGCCAGCAAAGACUAUUUCAAGUACACUGGUAUCUCUGAGAACCCUGAAGAACAUUUGAUUGAAUAUGGGUUGGCCAAUAUGCUCUUGAUCAAUGCAUUGGUGGAUCCUGAAGCGGUGGAUGAUCUUGAUGUGCGUGUGGCUCUUCGUAAUCAGCUAUAUCAAGCAGGCUUGACACACAUUCUCAACAAAAUGGAAGAACUCAACAGCGAGCUCUUGCACCGCAAAAUUGAUGAAUUUCGGGAAUUGGAAGAACACGAUGCUGCAUUGAUCUAUGGUGAUAUGGUGCUGAAUGACGUGCUUGAUCCGCCUGAAAUCCUUGACAACAUUCUUACGGCUAUCACUGGAACAGAAGCAUAUGAUCUCUUGCGAAGUAUUCUUCAACAUUUGAUGCUUGUACCCGAUGAUGCAGAGAUAAGGUCCCAUUGCUAUCGUGUCCUCGAAUCGGUCGUCAGCCAGGUGGUGCUCCAACAAACCGGUGUGCUUGAUGACCAGGAUGGUGCAUAUGGCUUUACAGUGGAUGCUCUUAUUUCAAAGUUUGCUGAAGAAAAUGAAUUUGACAAGGCGUUGGAGGAUGUUGGUCAACAUAUGCAAGCUUCUCGGAGUCUUGAGACGAUCACAUCUGAAAGUACAGAUGUCAACGAGCUAAAAGCGAAGAUUGACCAGCUAGAACGGAUGCUUCGUGUCGCUGAUCAAGCCAAUACUUUAUUGCAGCAACAAUUGAGUGAUCUUGAGAUGGAGUAUCAGCAAACAGUCGAAGUGAUGGAUUCACAAAACAAACGUCUUUACGACACUGUGCGUCAAUUGACUGAAUAUGGAUCACCUUGUGAGAAGCGUCGUGUACAUCGCAACAGCCGAAAGUAUCGCAACGAUGAUUCCGAUAUCAAAACAUGGGAGGCACAAACAGCACGUCAAAAUAAGCUUCAAUCGGCUGAGAAUGGAAUGGAGGAUUCACCGGUGCCAACCAAGCAAUCAUUGCGAUCAAGAUUGGGUUCUCGCGUGACAUCAUUUAUGAAACGAGCCAGCCAACAAGAUGUAUUCUUACGCAAAAUGAUUGAACACAUGUCGGAUACCUCUGAAAAUGGCGAUGAGAAGUCUCCAACGACACCUGCCGAUACCAGCAGCAUCAUCAGCAAACGUACCAACCGCACCAGCAGUAUAUUUUCAUCCGUUUCAAUUGCCAGUGCCCAUAGCAACGAUGACUAUGGCAACGGACAGGCGUCUACUACACAAUUGUUGGGAGAUGAUAGCACAAUAGCAAGGUCACCUGAUACACCAAGGAUCUCUGUUACUCACCACCAGGAUGAUGAUGAUGAUAGUACAGCCAACAAGGAUGCUGCAGCAUUACCUCCACCACCACCACCUCCACCUCCACCUCCACCGCCACCACCACCACCCCCCCCCCUCCCUGCAAUUGGGCGUAAAGAUAGUGCUUUUCCGCCUAGAC